CCCAUAACAUGUCUCCUCAGUUAGACCCAAAGAUGUGAUUUUCGUCUUUCUCUCCACUGCACUAUCCCUAUUCUUUCACCCUCUCUCCAUCACCUUUUUUUUUUUAUUUUAAUUAUUAUUAUCAGUUCUUGUCAAAAAUACCCAAGAAUUCCUCUGGACAAAGAAUUCUAAUUAAUCAUGUCGGGUGAUGUAGCCAAAGCUUCUGCCGAAGGGUCCUCACGGUCCUCCGGUAACCACCACCAGCAGCCCCAGCCGGCUCCGUUGAGCCGUUAUGAGUCCCAGAAACGGCGAGACUGGAACACUUUCGGGCAGUAUUUGAAGAACCAAAGGCCUCCAGUGGCACUGUCACAGUGUAACUGCAACCAUGUUCUUGAUUUUCUUAGAUACCUUGAUCAGUUUGGCAAGACUAAGGUUCACCUUCAUGGUUGUGUCUUCUUCGGACAACCUGACCCGCCUGCACCGUGUACUUGCCCACUAAGGCAAGCCUGGGGGAGUCUUGACGCACUGAUCGGACGCCUGAGAGCUGCUUAUGAGGAGCAUGGUGGGUCAUCGGAGACAAACCCUUUUGGAAACGGAGCAAUUCGGGUUUAUUUGCGUGAAGUGAGGGAGUGUCAAGCUAAGGCCAGAGGGAUUCCGUAUAAGAAGAAAAAGAAGAAGAAGAAUCUAAUUAAACCCAACGACGAGGCAAAGUCAUCCAAGCAGCAGCAGGUCUCUUAGCUAGGAGCUUUGGCUUCUUCAGAGCAAAUGGAUGAUCAGCAAUGACCAAACCAGAGGGGGAGGGGAUGGGUAUACAAAAAAGGCAAACGUUUGAAGGUUGUAGCACUACUGCUUUACUGUUAAGGUUCUAUCGCUUUGCAUGCGCAGUACUUGGAAAGUCCUGUACCUAAUAAUGCUUGCCAUAGCAAAGCUUGUCAGAGUUGUUUCUCAUGCUAUUUAUGGCAUUUUAAUUAAUUAUCAGAUCACCUUGUAAGUUAACUUACAUCUUAUCUUAGACGUAUAAAUUAAGGAUAGAAUAUAUAUAUAUAUAUAUAUAUAGCAAACAUUAAUUACGUGUAGUUUGUGUUACUUCUUUAAAGCAGGAUCAGAAAGUGGUUUUCUCUUC